ACGCGUCACUGGACAUUUUUCCUUAUUCACAUUUAAACAGACCGACUGGGACUGAGGAAGCACAAGUAUGAAGACAGAGCCUCACACCUUCUUAUGUAUUGUAGUGUCUGCCCUAACUCUGCCGCUCAUCAAUGGCUCAUUGGCUCCAGAUGGUAAUUCUUCAACUUCUUGCAACAGAGCAUGUGGAGGAGUCCCAAUUCCGUUCCCGUUCGGAAUCGGGAAGGAUUGUUAUCUCAACGUCUGGUACGAGGUUGUCUGCACCACCACCACCACUUCCAGAACAACUGUUCCGUUUCUCUCACGGAUCAAUAGGGAAGUGGUGAACAUCUCUCUUCCAGAUGGUAAUAAACCAUACGGAGUGGUUCACAUCAAAGGUCCAGUGACUUCCUUGGGUUGCUCUGGUCAAGGACCGGAAAAAUCAUCGCCGGAUUUGAACGUCACGGGCAGAGGCAGUCCAUAUUUUCUCACAGACGAGAACCGGCUUGUGGCGAUUGGUUGCGGUACCAAGGCGUUGCUGACAGAUAUCGAGUCAGAGAUCUUAGGUUGUGAAUCGAGCUGCCAAGACAGUAAAAGUAGUCAACAAGUACCAAACUCGAACUGUGAUGGUUACAAAUGCUGCCAGGCGAGGAUACCGUUGGAGCGUCCUCAGGUUAUAGGUGUCAAUGUAGAGAACUCUAAUGUCACAAGAGGAGAAGGGUGCAGAGUUGCCUUCUUGACUAACAAGAGGUAUUCGCCGUCGAAUGUUACGGAGCCAGAACAGUUUCAUUCUAAGGGUUAUGCGUUAGUAGAGCUAGGAUGGUACUUUGAUACCUCGGAUUCUCACUUUAGGAGCCCCUUAGGUUGUAGAAAUAUGACCCGUUACAGUUCCUACACCUCCUUUGAUAAAUGCAGUUGCGAGUAUCAGUACUUCACUGGCAUGAGUUAUAGGAACUGCUAUUGCAACAAUGGCUACACAGGGAACCCAUACCUUCCACAUGGCUGCAUAGGUAAGUGAUUGUUUCUUCUUCUUUAGUUUUACUGCUUUUCAUCGAUCAAGUCAUCAAUAGCUAUGAUUUCAAAAAUGUGUGUAGACAUAGAUGAAUGUAAAGGACACAACAAUUGUGGAGAAAGGACUUGUGUGAACGGGCUUGGAACAUAUAGCUGCGAGCCCAAGAUAUCCAAGCCGGAAAAAGCCUCUGUGCUUCAAGGUGAGUUGAAAGUAGCAUUUUGCAUCAACGAGACUACACGACAAGAAGAGAAACGUAGCUUUACUCAAUGUUGGUGUAGGCGUUCUUAUAGGUCUAGGAGCACUUGUUUCCGUCGUCGGAAUCUUGGGCCUCUACAAACUUGUUAAGAAGCGAAGGAGGAUUAUCCGCAGCAAGAACUUCUUCAAACGUAAUGGAGGCUUGUUGUUGAAACAACAACUUACUACAACCAUGAACGGAAAUGUAGAGAUGUCGAGGAUAUUCAGCUCAAAAGAGUUGAAGAAGGCUACCGAUAACUUCAGCAUGAACAGAGUUCUUGGGCAAGGAGGUCAGGGAACCGUGUACAAGGGAAUGCUGGUAGAUGGAAGAAUCGUUGCGGUCAAAAGAUCCAAACUUGUUGAUGAAGACAAGAUGGAAGAGUUCAUCAAUGAAGUCGCACUGCUCUCACAGAUUAACCACAGGAACAUUGUGAAACUCUUGGGAUGUUGCUUGGAGACAGAAGUUCCAAUCUUGGUUUACGAGUAUAUUCCCAAUGGAGAUUUGUUCAAGCGUCUACAUGAUGAAUCUGAUGAUUACACGAUGACUUGGGACGUGCGUCUUCGUAUAGCCAUAGAGAUCGCAGGUGCACUUUCAUACAUGCACUCAGCUGCAUCGUUUCCAAUAUACCACAGAGAUAUCAAGACUACCAAUAUACUACUGGACGAGAAAUACAGAGCCAAGGUGUCUGAUUUCGGAACUUCAAGAUCAGUAACCAUUGAUCAAACUCACUUGACAACACUAGUUGCAGGCACUUUUGGGUACAUGGAUCCAGAAUACUUCCUGUCAAGCCAAUACACUGACAAGAGUGAUGUUUACAGUUUCGGGGUUGUCUUGGUGGAGCUCAUAACCGGAGAAAAACCACUGUCUCGUGUCCUGUCUGAAGAAGGCAGAGGCUUGGCAACUCAUUUCAUCGAGGCCAUGAAAGAAAACAGAGUGAUUGACAUCAUUGAUGAUCGAAUCAAAGUGGAAAGCAACCUAGACCAAGUGAUGGCAGUUGCAAAACUCGCUCGAAGGUGUCUACGCAGGAAAGGGAGGAAGCGGCCAAACAUGAGAGAGGUUUCAAUUGAGUUGGAGAGGAUCCGUUCAUCACCUGAAGAUACCAUAGAUCAAAGCCAAAGUAUCUGAGAAAUACAGAGCCAAAGUAUCUGAUUUCGAAACGUCACGAUCAAUAACCAUAGAUCAAACUCACCUGACAACAUUAGUUGCAGGCACUUUUCGGUACAUGGAUCCAGGAUACUUCCUGUUAAGAGAUUUUCGUGAUGAAAGAAAUCAUCACCAGAGAAUGAUUCUGGUUUUACUUUCACUUUUGGUCUACUUUCAAAUGGUCAGCAUAACAAAAAGAUUGGAUUUUUAUAGUCUAAACGUCCAUUCAUUAAUUUAAAACAAAACCCCUCAGUGCGUAGAGUUUCAAUUUUUAAUAGCUUUUUCAAUGCUUUGUAACUUGUUUCACGCUUCUUUCUACACUUCUCGUUGACCUUUUGAUAAAGUCAGACAAGUACUCAAGUUUUCAUCUAAAAGAGCAGAUUGAUCAGAAAAGAAAAACAGAGUUAUGGAUACACAGACUUACAACUUCCUCUGUAUUAUAGCGUCUGUCCUAACUCUGCUCAUGUAUGGCUCAUCAGCAGCAACACCUCCAAAUAACACUUCUUCAACUUCUUGUAACAGAACCUGCGGAGGAAUCUCGAUCCCGUUCCCUUUCGGAAUCGGCGGGAAGGACUGCUAUCUCAACGGCUGGUACGAGAUUGUGUGUAACAGCACCUCCGGAUCCGACAGAAAUGCUCCGUUCCUCUCUAGGCUCAACAUGGAAGUGGUGAACAUCUCUCUUCCAGACAGGUUGCCAUACGGACUGGUUCAAAUCAAAGUUCCUGUGACUUCUUUGGAUUGCUCUAGAGAUAGCAGUCAAGAACUACAAAAAACGCUGCCGGAUUUGAACGUCACAAGCAAGGGAAGUCCAUAUUUUCUAACGGACGAGAACCGUCUCGUGGCGGUUGGUUGCGGUACCAAGGCGUUGAUGACGGAUAUAGAAUCUGAGAUCUUAGGCUGUGAAUCAAUUUGUGAAGAGAGCAAGAGUAGUGAAGAGGUAACAAACUCGAUAUGUGAUGGUUACAAAUGCUGCCAAGCCCGGAUACCAGUGGAGCGUCCGCAAGCAAUAGGUGUCGACAUAGAGAGCAAAAAUGUUACAGGAGGAGAAGGGUGCAAAGUUGCGUUCUUGACGAGCAAGAGAUAUUCGCCGUCAAAUGUUACUGAACCAGAGCAGUUCCAUGCUGAUGGCUACGCGGUGGUAGAAAUAGGAUGGUACUUUGAUACUUCGGAUUCUCGCUUUAGGAACCCAUUGGGUUGCAUAAACCUGACCCGUUCUAAUGGGUCUUACUUCGCGGAGGACAACUGCCUUUGCCGUUACGGUUACUUUUCCGGGAUCAAUUAUAGGAACUGCUAUUGCGGCAAUGGCCACACAGGAAACCCAUACAUUCGAGGCGGAUGCGUAGACAUUGAUGAAUGCAAAGUACCACACAAGUGUGGAGAAGGCACGUGUGAGAACCUUGUUGGAGGGUACAGGUGCGUGCCAAAGCCAACCAAACAUUCCAAACUCCCUGUGCUUGCAGAAAGCAGAGUGCUUGACAUCAUUGAUAUUCGGAUCAAAAACGAUGACAAGCUUGAGCAAGUAAUGGCGGUAGCAAAACUAGCUCGAAGGUGUCUUAGCCGGAAAGGAAAGAAGCGGCCAAACAUGAGAGAGGUAUCCAUUGAGCUGGAGAGGAUCCGAUUAUCACUUGAAGAUUUAGAUAUCUAUAUCGAAAACGAAGACGACGAGGAUCAAUCAACUUAUGAUAAUCAACAAAAAGAUAAUUUCUGA